AAGUGUGUUUCCAUGGGCAAGUUUACUAGGACGGACUAGGACGCAGUCGGGCGGGAUUACUAGGGCGGACUAGGACACGAAAUCGCGACCUGUUUCCAUGUAAUCGUGAUCUCGGAAAUGAGUUGCAUUGUGGGUAAAACUACACGCUUGGAUGGGUUGAUUUGUGUCAUCUUCUUUCAGCCUGAGUGACCUCCGCUGUAAAUAUUUUGUUGUUGGGAUUUCCCCAAUUCGUAUAAAGCUGUUACUGUUACCCGAGUUUGUCUUUAGGUUUCUCUCUUCGGUAUCAUUAUCAUAGUAUUAAUUUGAAUAUGGACAGGGCGAAGACUUUAUUAGCGUUUUUUUUCGCGGUGCAGGCGCUGGUCUUAUGGUUGCACACCAGAAGAAUAAGGCGGUCUAGGACGUUGCUGGCGUUAACUCAGUGGGGAGCUGAAAGAAUUCCGAGAAAAAUAUGGAUGGAGUACCGGCCAGAUGAUUGGUGGCUAAAUGCAUUAAAAAAUUUCGGUGAACAAGAAUGGUUGUCGAAUUUUAGAAUCAGAAGAGAAACAUUUUCCAAGUUAACAACGUUAUUGCAUGACGAUUUAGAGCCGGACGAAAGGUGUGUUCGUACGCCACUCUCACUAGACAAACGAAUAGCAAUUGCAAUAUACCAAUUGGCAUCAACCGCAGAAUUCAGAACCACAGGUAACAUGUUUGGGGUACAUCGAACAUCUGUUCACAGGUAUUUGCACAGAUUUUGUGAAUGUCUGAUCAAGCACCAAAAGAAAUUCAUUUUUCUGCCAACCGCUGCUGAAGCAAAAACAAUCGCAGCAGCCAAUCAGCAACUAACUGGGUUUCCACAAUGUUUCGGGGCUAUAGAUGGGAGCCACAUUCAUGUAAAACCACCAAGAUCUGGGUUUAGAGAUUAUGUGAAUCGAAAGAUGUACCCAUCUAUAGUCCUACAGGCUGUAGCUGACAAUCACUACAGAUUCAGAGACAUCAGUAUAAAGAUGCCGGGCAGUGUUCAUGAUGCCACAGUCUUGAGGGCUUCUGGACUAUAUAAGAAUGCUGAAAUGCUCCCUUCGGGUGAGAUCACCAUUAAUGGAUAUCCAGUGCCCUUAUGCAUCGUGGGUGAUAGCGCGUAUCCCUCUUUACCAUGGCUGUUACGCCCAUACACUGGGUCUUCUCUCACGCCCAGGCAAGAGAGAUAUAAUGAGCACCAUAGCAAGGUGCGCGUAACAGUCGAAAACUGUUUUGGCCGGCUGAAAGCCAGGUGGCGAAUCCUUCGUCGGCUGGAUGUUAGAGUCGCUGAGGCACCAAAGAUCAUUGCAGCGUGUUGCAUAAUGCACAAUAUCUGCGAAACAGAACAAGCCCCAGUGCCAAGGAAGCCCUUAAAUGAAGAGCCACAACCUCCAACUAUUGGCAUCCGAAAUGAAGGGGCUAAUAAUAACGCCCAAGGGGUCAUUGCCGACUACCUUUUUGAACUCUAUGGACGUGUGUGACUAAUUUGUUAUUUUUUUUAAAUUUUGUUCAUUUGUUAAUUUCUGUUCAAUUUUUCCUUGUUAUAG